AGGAAGACGAAUUCAAGAGUUGCUCUCAAGCAUCCAGAAUUUUCUGCACCCCACCUCUUGAAGAGAGACUAGCCCAGCUCUAUUACAAGCUGGACUUUCCUCUUAAAGCACAACCUUCAUUUAAGUUUUUGGAUAAAAGCAGAAGCAAAGAAUCUGUGAGUACUGUGGAUUGUGAGGAAGGCAGGGGGCUGACAACUGGCAGUAAAAACUGAAAGAUGGCAGACCCAAGGCCCAGCAGUCAAGCAGACCCUGAAAUUGAGCUUUUUGUGAAGGCUGGAAGUGAUGGAGAGAGUAUUGGAAACUGCCCCUUUUGUCAACGCCUUUUUAUGAUCCUCUGGCUUAAAGGAGUUAAAUUCAAUGUGACUACUGUUGACAUGACCAGAAAGCCUGAAGAGCUGAAGGACUUAGCCCCAGGCACCAAUCCUCCCUUCCUGAUAUAUAACAAGGAGCUGAAAACAGACUUCAUUAAAAUUGAGGAGUUCCUAGAACAGACACUGGCUCCUCCAAGGUAUCCUCACCUGAGUCCCAAGAACAAGGAGUCCUUUGAUGUGGGCUGUAACCUCUUUGCCAAGUUUUCUGCAUACAUUAAGAAUACACAAAAGGAGGCAAAUAAGAGUUUUGAAAAAUCUCUGCUCAAAGAAUUUAAGCGUCUGGAUGACUACUUGAACACCCCACUUCUGGAUGAAAUUGAUCCAGACAGUGCUGAGGAACCCACAGUUUCCAGAAGAUUGUUUUUGGAUGGGGAUCAGCUGACAUUGGCUGACUGCAGUUUGUUACCCAAACUGAACAUUAUUAAAGUUGCUGCAAAGAAAUACCGUGACUUCGACAUUCCAGGAGAAUUCUCAGGAGUUUGGCGCUAUCUCCACAAUGCCUAUGCCCGUGAAGAAUUUAGCCACACGUGUCCUGAAGACAAAGAAAUUGAAAAUACCUAUGCGAGUGUGGCUAAACAGAAGAGUUAGGACAGCUCUUUCAGUAGAAAAGCCUCUCUUUUCACUUGUUAUCCUAUUAGAAAGUCUUUUGGAAAUAAGAAUAUGGAAAAUACUCUUCCCUCUAUGCAACUUUCUUAUGAAAAAUAAUGCUGUAUUUUCUGUAUGUAAUUAAUCCAA